GAUCGACGAGGUGCCCAUGUUUCCCAUGUUCAACUGGCAACAAACCAGAUGUUCCCAUGUUGACGUCGGUAACGGAUUGUACAAUUCAUGUGCAAGAGAGGGCACAUUCACAUUUGUGAACGCAGAUGUUCAAAUUGUCUGUAUGUCCUUCCUGUUAACAUUACACUAUUUAAAUGGUUGUAUUCAUCGCGCAGACAGCAGUCGGGAAGCAGGCGUUCACGAUUUCGACUUCCGUGGCGGCAGACGGUCUGUGGAUUUUGCUAGAUAGGACCCCAACCUUUACCUUUGACACAGACUCACCAAGUCAAUCAAAACAAUGAAGACGAAACUUAUCUUCAUAUUUGUUACGAUAUUCGGAGUGCUAUGUUCCUGUCUGCUUGUCUUAUCGUUUAUCAACAGACCGAGCACCUUUCUUCCAAGAUCUGAUUUCAAGAACGGAGUUCGGCGUUCAGCGGAUUGGCUAGGUCCAAUGUCUCUGGAUAGGAAAACAGCACCUGGGUUGAAGUCAGUGAAGAACAACCCCUUUGCGAGUGUCAUAGCACAGAUGGACCCAAAGACCUGUUCAUAUGCUCCUAAUUCAAACAUUCAACUCGCUUCAUCUAAAACGGACUUCAGACUCGGGGACACCAUUUCUGUUGAAAUCCAACUUUUCGACGCGUACAAGCGGAGGAAAAACAAGGGUGGUGAUAACGUGAGAGUAUGGAUGAGUGAAACGUCAAAAGAUGCGCGCGCAGCAGGCGUUGUCACUGACAACAAGGACGGUACCUAUACAGGAACUCUCAAGGCUCUCUGGACCGGAAGUCCAAAAAUCGAAGCCGCCAUAGCUAGUCGGAAAGAAAACGUGGAUAUCUUCUAUCGGGUAUAUCACGAUUACUACACACUAAGAAACUUAUCUGCGAUGUUCGAGAGCGAUGGCGUCCAGGAGGAAACGUUGUGCCUACCUAUACCAAACAUCCGGGGCUAUGAGAACGUCUGUAACUUGACAGCCGAGAAUUACGGACUCCCGUGGUAUUGUGGGAAACCAUCACACCGGAAGCUGUUGUGUCACGACUUCACGGGGUUACGUGAGCCGGAUAAACAGCCAUCUCCAUUUACUCCACAUGAGGCAAAAUUCUUCGAAGGACACCUGCUACAUCAAAAGCUCCCCACAUCUGUUGCGAUUAAAGUGACGUCAGAGCAAGACACAGUUCCUUUGCCAAGUGUCCCCUGUAACAAAACACCCUUGAGGAAAAGCUGGGAGGCAUCAACACCUAUUGGCUUCUUCUACAAGAAUUCCUGGAAGUCUCUAACUUGUAAAAACACGAUUCCAGCUGAUUCGAACAUUUACAAGGAAUGUCUGAAAAACCGGAGAAUUUGGAUCCAUGGAGAUUCCUCUUCAAGAAGUUGGUUCAAUACUUUAACUGAACGUUUAGGAUUGACACUUGUUACAGAGGCAUGGCACCAUUCUAAAUGGCACAAACCGGCAGUCACAAUGGACACGCUGCGGAACAUCACGCUAUUGUUGGUGCCACAUGAGUACCCAUUUUAUCAUGGGUAUACGUUCAACAAACUGGCUUAUAACAGAGCAACGCAUGCCUAUCUGGAUGAUCUUCCAAAUAAUUCUCGGGAUAUAUUUCUCAUUCAUAUAUACCUUCAUUUUAACCCCUUCCCUCCAGAGGUUUUUAGAACUCAUAUGAAAAGAAUUGCACAAUCUGUCAAAUCGUUAGUUGCUCGUGCCCCAGGGGUUAAAGUGGCUAUUCGAGGAACUCAUGCUUUCAAGGGUAGGGGCAAGAUAGGGUUUUUGGACGACUGUUGGAUGUUUGUAUACGAUACGAUCCAGCGGGAAGCAUUUAAAGGGCUGGAGAACAAUGUGCUUUUCUUAAAUAAUAUAGAUAUGACAGUGGCCACAGAAAACGACGACCAGCAUCCUAACUCGUUAGCAGUGGAUUCCCUCAUCAAUCAUUUCCUGGGAUCCGUGUGUGAAGGAUGAGAGAUGAGAAAGAUGGGUGUGGAGUGGCGUCUGUGCGUUUUGCGGAGAGUGAUAUAUGUAUAUAUGCGUUUAGUGUGCAAGUGUGUGUCUCUAUGGUUUUAUGUUUUGAUGUGCAUCUGUUCCUGAACCAACAUUUAUCGGUAAGAGAUUUAAACGUUCACUUGGGGACACGGGUGGCCCAGUCGUCUAAGGCGCCGCGAUUCGCUAUGCAGAGUUGCGUUCCUUAGGCACGCCAGAAACCCAUAAUUGUAGGUUCGAAUCCCGGUUCGCCCCGAUUAUGUUUCCUAGGUUUGUCAGCACCAUACCCGUGCUUGUGGGUUUCACCGAAGUGGUAAAUGUCUGAGACCUGCAUCACUUCGGGCUUUCCUCCCACAUUAAGCUGAUACGCCGGAUGUAACUGGAAUACUGUUAAAAGCGGCGUUGAACCCAACUCACUUACUAAACGUUCACAUUCCUUAGCAGGUGUUUGAGUAUUUCAUCAUAAUACUUAUCAACAUUACCAAAGAUUGCAUAUAUUUAGAGCAAAUAAUUGUGCAAUAUCAACGUCGGCCACUAUAGAGUGUGUUCAUGGUAUCCUUUCAACUCCUUUCUUAAGUCAAGUCCUGAUAUAACGAACACUGGAUAUAACGAACUCGGGAAACAACGAACGCGCAUAUAAUCAACUUCGUACAUAACGAACACUGGAUAUAUCGAACUCUUGAUAUGCGGAAUGACGGAUAUACCAACACUGGAUAAAAGAAACUCGGGAUUAAACGAACCCGUAUAUAAUGAACUCCGUACGUAACGAACUCUGGAUUUAACGAAUCUAACAAAUCCACAUGUAAUGACCGAUCUUUUUCUCACAUUAACGCUAAUCUUAAUUGCCAUUCCCAGCUUAUGAUUUACUUUCCACAAUACAAGGUACCGCUGUGUGGUGUGGUAACCAAUGGUCGAAUUAACCGAAAGUAGGUAUCCAUAGUUGUGUCCCUCAUCUUCACCAGGAUCAUGUGAUGGUCCUUGAUUUGUAAGAAUCUACAAGGGGGCACGGGUGGCCCAGUAGCCUAAGGCGCCAUGAUUCGCUGUGCAGAGUUGCGUCCCUUGAGCACGCCAGAAACCUAUGAUUGUGAGUUCGAAUCCCGGUUCGUCGCGAUUAUGUUUCUAGGAUUGUCAGCACCAUACCCGUGACCUGAGAUUUCACUUUGAGGUUAUACUUUGUCUUGAUUGUAAUUAGCUUGGCUAUUUCUAUUUAAAGUGUGUGCAUAUACCACAACUCUGCUGGUUUUCUUUGGAAGGCCGUGUUUGCUAAAAUAUUUGCACCCGUAUAUACGGGAACUGAUUGAGGUUGUUUUUCGAAUUAAAUAUGGUAUGCCUCUAAAA